AAAAGCCCAAAAAUUCUAAGAGGCCUUUGGUAAGAGGGUCGUCUUCUUCCUUUUAAAGUUAUUCCUAUUGCAAAACCCCUUGUCCGUGGAGGGUUUAUCAAAACACUGCUAGAAAAAGCAAAAGAAUUAGAUUCAUGGCUAGUCUUGCUAUUUGGAGAAGCGCAAGUCGUUUUCGAAACUUUCGUGGGUAUCUUUGUGCCCACACUCUAAGGCAAUGCGGAUCCUCCGUUUCAUCUUCGCCACCGAUCGCCGACAAUCUUCACCGUCCAUCUCUCCCUUUCUUGCAACCGGUUAUUCCUGUUGGAGCUGGGUUCAAAUCUUUAGGAAUAUGUGGGAGAUAUUUAUCUAGUUCUGCUGCUGCUUCUACUUCUGACAAUCAAGAAAAAUCGUCAUCAUCGUCGAAAGCUAAUUCUAAAGGAACCCAAAGCUCUGGAGGUUCACAACAGAGCGGUAGUGAUGCUGGCAAACCUGUUCGCGGCGGGCCUGUUUCAUGGUUGAGUUUUCUGUUGCUGCUUGCCACUGGAAUGGGAAUUAUCUUCUACUAUGACAAGGAAAAGAAACGGCAUAUUGAAGAAAUAAGUAAUGCUUCGAAGGCUGUAAAAGAGGGGCCAUCAGCUGGAAAAGCAGCCAUCGGUGGCCCGUUUAGUCUUAUAAACCAUGAUGAUAAACCUGUUACUGAGAAGGACUUUUUGGGGAAAUGGACUAUGAUAUAUUUUGGCUUCACUCACUGCCCUGAUAUCUGCCCAGAUGAGCUACAAAAGCUAGCUGCCGCUGUUGAUAAAAUAAAGGAAAAGGCGGGAAUAGAAAUUGUGCCUGUAUUUAUCUCUGUCGAUCCUGAGAGAGAUACCACUGAGCAAGUACGUGAAUACGUGAAAGAAUUUCAUGCAAAAUUAAUUGGGUUAACUGGUACCUCCGAUGAGAUAAAGAAAGUUGCUCGUGCAUAUCGAGUUUAUUAUAUGAAGACAGCAGAGGAAGAUUCAGACUACCUCGUUGAUCAUUCCAUAGUCAUGUACUUGAUGGAUCCUAAUAUGGAAUUCGUAAAAUUCUUUGGGAAGAAUAGCGAUGUCGAUUCACUAACUGAUGGUGUAAUCAAAGAGAUUAAGCAGCGCAAACUAAAGAGAUGAACUUUUGGCUUCAUUCGUUGGAUUUGGAUUUGGAUUAUCCUCAUCAAAGGCGAGAACACUAUUCAGUUUCUCCUGAUGCUUUUUUGUUACCGUUAUAGACUAGACAAUCCAUUGUCAUAUUAAGAAUCUUUCUGUUAAUGUCCAAUAACUCUUAUGGAUGGUGCUGGAGAGUUAAAGCAAUAAUGGAGCGAAAGAACAAAAGGGAAGUUAAAAUGGAAUA